AUGGAUAAUCAAGAAUUUAUUCCACAAUAUAAACUUAUUUUAGUUGGUGAUGGUGGUGUUGGAAAAACUACUUUUGUCAAGAGACAUUUGACAGGAGAAUUCGAGAAGAAAUAUAUUCCAACUCUUGGUGUGGAAGUACAUCCUUUAAAAUUUCAAACCAACUUUGGAAAAACUCAAUUUAACGUUUGGGAUACAGCAGGUCAAGAAAAAUUUGGAGGAUUAAGAGAUGGAUAUUAUAUAAAAAGUGACUGUGCAAUAAUUAUGUUUGAUGUAUCAUCACGUAUUACUUACAAAAAUGUCCCUAACUGGUAUAGAGAUAUAACAAGGGUUUGUGAAACAAUCCCUAUGGUUUUGGUUGGAAAUAAAGUUGAUGUUAAAGAUAGGCAAGUCAAAUCAAGACAAAUUCAAUUCCAUAGAAAAAGAAAUUUACAAUAUUAUGAUUUAUCAGCUAGAUCAAACUAUAAUUUUGAAAAACCAUUUUUAUGGCUAGCUAGAAGACUAUCAAAUCAACCAAACCUUGUUUUUGUCGGGGAACAUGCUAAAGCACCUGAAUUCCAAAUUGAUCUAAAUAUUGUACGAGAAGCUGAGAAAGAAUUAGAACAAGCUGCAGCAGUAGCUAUUGAUGAAGAAGAUAUUGAAAAUUGA